AUGUUGACCCAACAUUUCCUCGUCCUCUUUGGUCUGCUUCCUCUCCUAGUCAUCUCGACGCCUCUCCAACCUGAGCCUCUACACACUCUGCCACUCAAAAAGAUCCCAAUUGCGAGAGAAGGCGAGCACCCCUUGGCUGCUUUCGAAAGGCAUCAGAAAGCCGCUAUCAAGCGGAUGCAUAGGUAUAAGAGACUCGUGCCAUCUUCUGAAGAGGAAUUCCUUCAAAGAAAUCUCGAGAGAAGACGAGCCAUCGAGUCAGAUCCCAGGCUCGACAAGAGGAUGUACAUCCCCGAUAACCCACUUCCCUCUCUUCCCCAACGGGAGAAGAGAAUAUGGUGGCCACCUACCGAUACCUCUGCUAAUCCCACUCCGACUGGGGCUAUCCCACAUGUGGCUGCUGAGGUGAACAGGACAGGCGGUAGAGCAGCCGUAGCAACAGCCACAGUGAAAGCUUCUGGAUCCAACGCCAAUGGGUUCUCAGAAGUUGCCAUCCAAGCUUCACAGGAUGUCUCUCUCAAGAAUAGUGACAGUGAAUUGAUUCAAGGUGGUUUGGAUUAUAUCAUCGAAGCUAAUGAUAUUGGUUACCUCAGUGAGAUCCAGAUUGGUACACCGGCUCAGACUUUCUUGAUGAUUAUGGAUACGGGUAGUGCAGAUACAUGGGUACCUUCUACGAGUUGUGGAGUAGCCAAUUGUGGUGAUCAUACUGCCCUCGGAGCAGAUAACAGCGAUACCUUCCAAGCAUCUCAAACCCAGUUUCAAGUGACCUAUGGAUCGGGAGCAGUGGCCGGUGUUUUAGCUGCGGACUCGAUGACUAUAGCUGGUAUGACCGUGGUCAACCAUGUGAUGGGCGUAACACUUCAAGAGAGUGUACAGUUCUCAGCUAGCAAUGUUCCAUUCGACGGCUUAGUAGGAUUAGCUUUGGGUAAACUUUCCAAUCAAGGUGUACAGACUCCACUCGAAUCACUGGCUUCUACAGGACUGAUAAAGAAUCCGAUUUUAGGUAUAGCUCUGGGAAGAUUGAACGAUGGAGAGAAUAACGGAGAAUUAGUAUUUGGUCAAGCUAACACUGCCAAACUCGAUGCAACUACCACUCAAACACUCCAGGUGACAAGUCAAGAAGGGUUUUGGCAGGUUGAUAUGGCUGCUGUGACUAUUGAUGGUACGAAUGCUGUAACAGGUAGACAAGCUAUCUUAGAUACUGGUACCAGUCUGAUGAUUGCUCCUCCUGCCGAUGCUGCUGCUUUCCAUGCUCAGAUCAAUGGCGCUGCCGACGUCGGAGGCGGUAUGUUCUCUAUACCUUGUACGAUCGAUCAAGAAAUAACCAUGACAUUUGGAAACGUCGCUUUCCAGAUCGACGUUCGUGAUCUCCUCUUCCAACCUCUUUCCAACGACUUGACAGGCGACUGUCUCUCAUCCAUUUCAGCAGGGACGAUCAAGGACGACGUAACGUGGUUACUAGCUAGAACAGAUUCACCCGGGAGUUCAAGUUUUGCUAUUGCAGCCGCAGCCACCGGGGUUGCCAAUAAUGCUAUGAACGUACAAUCCAAUUCUACCAAUCCGACUUCAUCAUCCACUUCCACUUCGUCAGGUGAAGCAUCGUCCACUGCUUCAAAUACUGCUGCUGUCAGUCUCAUCUCUGCGAUCGCUGCGCUGUUAGCUGGAAAGAAUCUCUAG